AUGACUGCUUUCGAGCCGGCGAUGCGACUGGAUCUCGUCAGCGAUCUCGACAGAUCCAUGGGCCAUGAGAAGUACCACCGAGAUGCAGCCAACAUGCUGAUCGUCGGGCUUUGCUUUCAGCCGCUGCCGACCUGCAACCACCCGCUCGUCUGCGACCUCUCGCCCGACACCUUGUGGCCCGCGCUGGGCGAGCGGUGCCGAGAGCUGCUGUGGAAGCGCUUCGUACCUUGGCUGAGCCACCUCAUGCGGUCAGUGAGGCGGCUCAAUCCGUGCAGGGCCACGUCGCUGCGAGACGAGGCACUCCUGCAGUACCUGCCUGUGAUCUGCGUCACAGCGACAAGUGACCAUGCGAUCCUACUGGAGCGCUUCGCCCAUGCUCACAUGACUGCUUUCGAGCCGGCGAUGUGUCUGGAUCUCGCCAGCGAUGCCGACAGGUCCAUGGACCGUGAGAAGUACCACCGACAUGCAGUCAACAUGCUGAUCAAGCUCUUGCAGAGGGCUGGUGCGAAGACCAUCGCACAGCUUUCCGCCGGACGUACGGCCCUGCGAAACAAGAUCCGUGACCAGACGGUCGUGCUUUGCAAAGAAGAUUUCAACAACUCUUUG